AUGGAAGCUUGCCAAAUAUUAACAUCCGGGAAGCUAUAUUACAGAUCUUACAAGAUGUAUUUUCCAAUUGAUUUAGAGCAGUCUGGCAUAAGGGAUCAACUAAAGAAGAGUGGUCUUGGAAAGGUGAUUAUGUUUUUAUCGAAGUCAGAUGAAGAGAUCAUGUCCAACAAAAGACUUGCAAAGGAACUACAGGUUGAUAAAUGGUGUCGAUCAAUAUUCAAUAACAACGCAAGAUUUGAAGACAGGAAGAAGUACGGGGAUGAGAGGAUUCCAUCUCGGAAGUCAUCUAAAAAGACAAGAAUGAAAUAUAGGGAUGAUGAUAUUAACUUUGCUGAACUACCAAAGGGUCAAAAUUCAAGACACUCAUCCUCUCGGAAUCAUGUUUCAAGGCCUGAGGCAAUGCCAAUGGACUUUGUUGUUCGCCCACCAUCUAAAGUUGACCCUGAUGCAAUAAGGGCUCGUUCUAAGCAUGUUGUUCGAGAUCAUAUACAACUUAAGAAUUUUCCGUCUAACGGGCUCGAACCCAUAAGCUCUCAGGAAGAUGGAGGAUAUCCACAUCUUGUUACUGCUAGGCUAGAAGAGAGGAUUAUUUUAUCAAGUUUACCAAAGCUAAUAUGA